UGGGUCGCUCAGCCAGCUGCCGGGUGGCGGCAGGGUGAGCCCAGCUACGCGCGCCGGGUGACCAAAGCUCCGCCCCCAACUCUCCGCUCAGCCUGAUUGACGCGCAGCCUCCGGGAAGCAGCGGCGCAGAGGACCCCUAGACUCUCCGAGGUGGUCCACUGUUUGCAGCUCGCCGGGGGACUAUGCUUGCAGUUAAGCUGCUCCCAUCUUGUACUAGAAAAAAAUGAAUAUUGACAACAAGGGUUCUGCAUCUGCACAAGGAAGAAAGUGCUACUUAACAACAGCAACAACAACAACCUAGACUGGCGGUGGUACAGUCGGCUGGGCUUGCUGCUCUAGGUUGUUAGCAGGAGACUUCGGGAUCUAAUAAUCCGCGGGCAGAGGAAGGGGGCCGAGGAAUUAAAACGAACAAAAGCGAGAGCGCCAUGCCAAACAUCCCCAACGCGACCCAGAUAGGCAGGAGCCAAGAGGAGUGGUGGGGAAAUAAACUAGAAUACGAUGAGCUGCCCCAUUACGGCGGGAUGGACGGAGUAGGGGUUCCUGCUUCCAUGUACGGAGACCCUCAUGCGCCGCGGCCGAUUCCCCCGGUUCACCACCUAAACCACGGGCCGCCGCUCCACGCCACGCAGCACUACGGCGCGCACGCCCCGCACCCUAAUGUCAUGCCAGCCAGCAUGGGAUCUGCUGUCAACGACGCCUUGAAAAGAGACAAGGACGCGAUCUACGGGCACCCCUUGUUUCCUCUGUUAGCACUGGUCUUUGAGAAGUGCGAGCUGGCGACCUGCACUCCCCGGGAACCCGGAGUGGCCGGCGGAGACGUCUGUUCCUCCGACUCCUUCAACGAGGACAUCGCGGUCUUCGCCAAGCAGGUUCGCGCUGAAAAGCCUCUUUUUUCCUCAAAUCCAGAGCUGGAUAAUUUGAUGAUACAAGCAAUACAAGUACUAAGGUUUCAUCUUCUGGAGUUAGAAAAGGUCCACGAACUGUGUGAUAACUUCUGCCACCGGUACAUUAGCUGUUUGAAGGGGAAAAUGCCCAUUGACCUCGUGAUUGACGAGAGAGAUGGGAGCUCCAAGUCCGAUCAUGAAGAACUUUCAGGAUCCUCCACAAAUCUUGCCGAUCACAACCCUUCAUCCUGGCGAGACCAUGAUGAUGCAACCUCAACUCAUUCAGCAGGCACCCCUGGACCCUCCAGUGGGGGCCAUGCUUCCCAGAGUGGAGACAACAGCAGUGAGCAAGGUGAUGGGUUAGACAACAGUGUAGCUUCACCUGGCACAGGUGAUGACGACGAUCCAGACAAGGACAAAAAACGCCAGAAGAAAAGAGGCAUAUUCCCCAAAGUCGCGACAAAUAUCAUGAGAGCUUGGCUCUUCCAGCAUCUCACACAUCCGUACCCUUCUGAAGAGCAGAAGAAACAGUUAGCGCAAGACACAGGACUGACAAUUCUCCAAGUAAACAACUGGUUCAUCAAUGCCAGAAGAAGAAUAGUACAGCCCAUGAUUGACCAGUCAAAUCGAGCAGGUUUUCUUCUUGAUCCUUCAGUGAGCCAAGGAGCAGCGUAUAGUCCAGAGGGUCAGCCUAUGGGGAGCUUUGUGUUGGAUGGUCAGCAACACAUGGGGAUCCGGCCUGCAGGUUUGCAGAGCAUGCCAGGGGACUACGUUUCUCAGGGUGGUCCAAUGGGAAUGAGUAUGGCACAGCCAAGUUACACUCCUCCCCAGAUGACCCCACACCCUACUCAGUUAAGACAUGGACCCCCAAUGCAUUCGUAUUUGCCAAGCCAUCCCCACCACCCAGCCAUGAUGAUGCACGGAGGACCCCCUACCCACCCUGGAAUGACUAUGUCAGCACAGAGCCCCACAAUGUUAAAUUCUGUAGAUCCCAAUGUUGGCGGACAGGUUAUGGACAUUCAUGCCCAAUAGUAUAAGGGAACUCAAGGAAAAAGGAAACACACGCAAAAACUAUUUUAAGACUCUCUGAACUUUGACCAGAUGUGACACUUAAUAUGAAACUCCAGACAGCUGUGAUUAUUUUUUACUUUUGUCAUUUUUCAUCAAGCAACAGAGGACCAAUGGGACAAGAACACAAAUGUGAAAUGAUGGGCUCAUUGAGACAAUAUUGUCCGUGCAAGAUCCUCUGGAGAAAGACUCCGAGAGUUAUAACUACUGUAGCAUAAACAUAGGGACUAAGUUAAACUUGUACAUUUCUGUUGAUCACUCCGUUAUGUUGCCUCAAAUAGUUUUAGAAGAGAAAAAAAAUAUAUCCUUGUUUUCCACACUAUGUGUGUUGUUCCCAAAAGAAUGACUGUCUUGGUUCAUCAGUGAAUUCACUAUCCAGGAGAGACUGCGGUAUAUUUUAAAUCUGUUGGGCCAAUGAGAAAAGAACCACGCUGGGGAGCGCGAUGGACACUUGGCUGAACCUCAUCACUCUGACUCCAGCGACUAGAAUGUGUUUUCAUGCUCAGCCUUUGUUCCCCCAUCAAUGUGUCCUUUAGUUUCAAACAGAUCUUUAUAGUUUGCGCUUCAUAAGCCAAUCUUAUUAUGAUUUUGGGGGACUGUUCUUCAAAGAACUUGCCAAUGAAGAUUUAGAGACAGAGAGAAGGCUCCUUCAAGUUCCGAGUCUUGGCUGUGGACAAAACAAUCUUAAGUUGGGCAGCUUUCCUCAACACAAAAAAUGUUAUUCAUGGUCAUUGCACCAUAAGUAGGUUUCUAUCAGGAACUCAAAGCUUGGGGGAUAAAAAGGAGCGAGAGAAUACUGUAACAAACUUCGUACAGAGUUCGGUCUUUUAAUUGUUUCAUGUUAGAUAUUCUAUGUGUUUACCUCAAUUGAAAAAAAAAAAGAAUGUUUUUGCUAGUAUCAGAUCUGCUGUGGAAUUGGUAUUGUAUGUCCAUGGGAUCCUCUUUUCUCAGCACGUGUUCCUCACUAGAAGAAAAUGCUGUUACCUUUAAGCUUUGUCAAAUUUACAUUAAAAAUACUUGUAUGAGGACUGUGACGUUAUGUUAAAAAAAGGUGUUAAGUCACAAAAUGCGGUAAUAAAUAUUUCAUUUUUGA